AUGUCGAAUUUCACGAUUAAUGGAGAUGCAACGCAGACUGUUGUCAAAGAUCGCAUCUUAGAUCGAGAUGCUGGCUUCGUAUCUGGAGGUGAUGACGAUGACUCAUGCUCCGGCCCAGCUCAUUCAGACGACUCCGGAGUGAGACUCGUGGAGUCCGACUCAAGAGUCAAGCGACCACGCACGCCACCACGAUGUCAACCACCUAAAAAACGCAUCAGGUUAAACUCCAGAGAAGAUAUUGCCAGCCCCGAGAGUGAUACCCCUGCGAGUCCAUUCAGGCCCUGGUCUUUUACUGAGGAACCUCAAAGAGAACCUCUGUCUUUAGUAAAGAAAGAAGGAAGUGUUUUAAGACAACGGCGGAGAGUGUUAGAACCUCCCCCUCCUCCGCCUGUUGAAUCACCACCUGGCCCUCCUAGAGUACCACCCCAUCCAGGAGUCGUGGAAGCCUACACAGACAAGACGAAACCACGAGAACAGAGGAACUAUAAAAACAUGACCAGAGAGAGGAGAAUAGAAGCAAACGCUAGAGAAAGAACAAGAGUUCAUACCAUAAGUGCUGCCUUUGAUACUCUAAGGCGUUCAGUACCCGCGUACAGUCACAAUCAGAAACUGUCCAAGUUAUCUGUUCUGCGGAUAGCGUGCGCAUACAUUGCUGCGUUGUCUGCUGCUAUUGACCCUGAAGCUGAUUUAACAUCAGCAGUGGACCAAGUCACGCAUACGAUACACACCGAAGGCAAGUUACGGAAGAAGAAGGAUGAUCCUUGA